CCUUUGGGUUCGAGGCUAUGUGUUCUAAAUCUUAUUUUGUUUACAAAGAUGGGACUACAAAUGCAUUUCCUGAAAUGGAACUCCCACACCAAAGACACAUAAGACUUAAGAAGUAAAAUUACUAUGGACAUAUACUAUUUCAUAAUUACAAUUUCAGUCCUGGUCUGUUGCACUGUUGACGUGUUCUGUCAGAAUUCCAACCUCGAUCAAUACUGCUUCAAUAAGAUACAACGUGGAAAGAGACCAGUCCUGACCAAAAUGGGAUUUUGGAACUUUAUUCUCAUUUGUAGCAACAUUGAACAGUACAGCAAUUGCCUUGUAGACACCAGAAGAUCGAAGCCAAGUCAGGUCAAAAUUCAAACCUACGAAGUAGAUUUCCCUCCUGAAUACGACGUGAAGAGAGCGGGCUUUCUCUUUUGUUCUUUUCACUUUCUGCAACGUCCUGAAGAUUACAUGCCUGAUGAGAAGCAGUUGAGCAGCUGUGAGAGGUCUAUAUCUUACAGCCAAUGUCUAACCAAGGCUACAACGAAAUACAGCAACAACAUGAAGUUUAGGGACACAACCUUCAACUCCUCUUGUAGAGCUAUGCUGGAGUACUCCAACUGCUUAAAAGAAGCUUACGUGAAAUGUAAUUCCACAUAUGAAUAUUUGUUUGAUUAUUACUACGCCAGAAUUGGAUCUGACUGCCUGAUAUCACAAAAUGUAUUUAACUCUAUAGUGGUCGUAGAAAAAUGUAACGGCAAUGAGUUAAGAAGAGCUAAUUCAGACGUGAGUGUUUUCGAACAGAACUCCUGGCUCUACUUACUUCCCAUGUUGACUUACUGGCUAAAUCAAUGUCAAUGAGUUUACUUUCUUCACGUCUAUAAGUGUAGAUAAUUAAAUGGACCAAACCAAAUCAAAUCUCUGUAAUAAAAAUAAAAACUAUCGG